AUGAGAGCCAUUCAGGUCACCGAAUAUGUGAAGGGACCUCUGGAACUCGGAGUUGUUACACUUCCUACCCCUUCCCCGUCUCCGACAGACUACCUGAUUGAGAUACACUCGGCGGGUACCAACUUCUUCGACAUCCUACAAAUUCAAGGCAAAUACCAACAUCAGCCUCCCUUACCCUGGGUCGGAGGUUCAGAGUUUGCGGGUACAGUGCUGGCCGUGCCCACCUCUCCUACAACGCCGCCACGGUUCGCUGUUGGCGAUCGAGUCUUCGGCGCAACGCAGGGUGCCUACGCCACUCACGUCCUCGCUCCCGAACCAUCCUUGCUACCUAUCCCUAGCGGUUGGACUUUUGAGGAUGCUGCUGGCCUCUUUGUCACGGCCCCGACAUCCUACGGGGCCCUCGUUCACCGGGCAAACGUCCAGGCUGGUGAGUGGGUGCUGGUGCAUGCGGCCGCCGGCGGCGUUGGUCUGGCCGCCGUGCAGAUCGCCAAAGCCAAGGGGGCGACGGUGAUCGCGACGGCCAGCACAGAGCGGAAGCGGCAGAUCGCGCGACAGUUCGGCGCGGACCACGUCGUCGAUUACCGCGACAAGAGCUGGCCGGACCACGUCAAAAAACUGUGCGCGCAACACCGUACGGGAAACGGCAAGGUGGGCGUCGACAUUGUCUAUGACCCUGUAGGACUGAUUGAGGCCAGCCUCAAGUGUGUCGCGUGGAACGCGCGCUUGCUGGUGAUCGGAUUCGCGGCGGGCAAGAUCGAGAAGGUCGCGUUGAACCGGGUGCUGCUCAAGAAUGUCAGUUUGGUCGGAUUGCACUGGGGCCAGUACGCCCAGUUCGAGAAGGAGACGGUUCAGUCCGUUUGGGCCGGCAUCUUCGACCUCGUCGCGCAAAGGAAGUUCAGGGGCACUGCCUUCAAGGACGAGACCUUCGUGGGCCUAGAGAGUGUUCCCCGCGCAUUGCAGGCGCUGGGUGGAAGAGAAACCUGGGGAAAGGUGGUGGUGAAGGUCAUUGAUGAUGAGGCCGAAGCGGGCAAGAGUAAGCUCUGA